AUGAGCUCUGCAUCAACACCACCCUCCGCUGUGGUCAAUCUUUUCGGUAACAAUAACCGCAAGUACCCUCCUCGUCUUCCCCGGACAUGCAAUCUAACCAAACUCCCUAUCAUCUACAGAUGGCACAAUGUCCCCGACACAGACGAAUGGCGCUGCGUUCUCCACGGCCGUCUCCUCUCUCUAAAACAAGACCCAACUCACCUCUACUACCGAACCUACCGCACUGCCCAAUCCCCCAAACCCAAAAUAAAUGACGACGACACCACCCUCUCCCUCCUAACCCACUACUUCAACCUCUCCGCCAACCUCACCUCCCUCUACACCGAAUGGUCCGCCCAAGACCCCAAUUUCCGCAAGAAAGCCCCCCAAUUCACCGGCAUCCGCAUCCUGCGCCAAGAUGCCUGGGAAGCCCUGAUCUCCUUCAUCUGCAGCAGCAACAACAAUAUCGCGCGCAUCUCGCAGAUGGUCGAGAAGCUCUGCCUAAACUACGGUCCCUUCAUUGCGUCCAUCAAUGGCCGCGCCUAUCACGGUUUCCCGGCUCCGGAUGCCCUCACCGCUCACGACGUGGAGGGUAAGCUGCGCGGCUUGGGGUUCGGGUACCGUGCCAAAUAUAUCUAUCAGACGGCAGUGAUGGUGGCCAAGGAGCGAGAGAGCGGGUGGUUGGAUUCGUUAUGUAACCCAGAGGAAGGGUAUCGGGAGGCGCAUGAGAAGUUGCUUGAGUUGCAGGGGGUUGGGCCGAAGGUCGCUGAUUGCGUGUGCUUGAUGGGGCUGGGAUGGGGGGAGGCAGUUCCGGUUGAUACGCAUGUCUGGCAAAUCGCGCAGAGAGACUACAAGUUUGGAAAGGGCGGUAAUAAGUCCCUGACGAAGGUUACUUAUGAUGCCGUGGGAAACCAUUUCCGCAAGCUCUGGGGCAAAGAAGCGGGGUGGGCGCAUAGUGUGCUGUUCACGGCUGAUCUGAGGACCUUUUCGGAUCGAUUGGCUGCUACUACGUCGAAGAAGGUGGAUGUGAAGGUAGAGAAGGAUGACAAGGAGGGUGUCGAGGUGGAGACAAAGGUCACCACGGCGAUUGCGGUGCCUACCAAGAGACCUAUAGAUGAGGAGGGGGUGAAGGCUGAAGAAGAAGAUGAAACUAAAGAGAAGGAGAAGCUGAACACCAUCGUACAAGCUUCACAGACAACGACGGCAAGGAGGAUGUCGAAGCGACUUCGCAAGAAAUGA